AUGGGAGAAGUUCAUCAAGGCAUUCACACAGCUUUGACAGAAUUUGACACCCUAUACAACAGUGCUCCCUUACCCGCAGCGCAAACCGUACACUUGGCGGAUCUCUGGGACGAAUACAUCAAAUUUUUGGCGAAGCGAAUAAGGAAUCACCAUUAUAAUUAUUUGACUGAUCCAACUUACGGAAGGUUCAAUUUACUGAGGGCAGGCUGGCAAAGGGUGUUGGAUAACAAUCCGACACGACACAGGACGGUCAUUGUUAACGCAAACCUAGCUAAGAUCAAUACACUCGCUGUCCAAGUUGAGGCUAUAGUGGUCUUUAAUGAAGCUCCAUUCAACACUUGA